AUGGCAAAUAAUACUCAAAAUACCUCAAGUACGCACUCACAAAACAUUCAAUACGGCAAUAUAAGUAUGCCUAUUCAACCUCAAAGCCAACUAAGAGACAAAAUACAACAGAAUUCUUUGGAUGAGAAAAGACAAAAGAAGGUAGUUCAACAUGGUCACAAACGAAAAUUAAUGGAGAACGAAAAAGAUAAACAAAAGGCAGAAUAUGAAAGUUCAAGGAACGAAUUAAAGAGUCUCUUAUCACAAUAUGGUUCAAAAGCGAAAGUCGCUGAUGAUCUAGAAAAAGAUGCAAACAAAAUUCGUGGGAGCAUUGAAAAUUUAUUAUCAAGAGUGCAAUCGAACAAACUUAACGUUAAGCCAAUUUCACAAUCAACACCACCUCCACCUCCACCGCAGCAAAUAAUAGCUGUUUCGCAGUAUAAAUCAUUGUACAGUAAUUUUGGCUUUUAUAUUAUUGAUAGAGUGCUUUAUUCUUUUGCUUAUUUGGGCAAAUCACAUCACACUUAUCUGUACAUUGAACCAUACGAACCGGUUGUGCAUGGUACUUUUGGAAUCGACCAGCCUGCACCCUUUGGGUUAAUGUGGUCUGUAAUAAAUUCUGUUAAGGACUUUUUUGCCGAAGUGAUCAAUGGAGGUCGCGGGUUCGGCAAUCCUAAUUAUGAUGGCUUCGUGCCAAUAUGA